AUGCCAGCCACCUGCACAGACAUACGAGCCGCACUUGCGCAAUGUCUCCAAAACAGCGACUGCGUGAUGAUCCAUCGUAAUACUCCUGCCGAUUGCCUCCGACCUCCGCUUGUGGACACUCUACCUACGCAAUGCCAACAACUGAAACACGGAUACGGUCAAUGCAAACGCGGCAUGAUUGAUAUGCGGAAACGCUUCAGAGGCAACAGGCCCAUUUCAACGAGUACGGAGCUGGAAGGUUCGGGCAAGGCGCCGAUGCUGUACGCUGGCAAGGGCACUUUUGAUGAGACGGAGAAGAAGAAGAUUGAGGAGGGCACCGAGUAUGAGGUCUUCACGAGAAAUGAUGGCAGUGAAGAUUUGCGGAAGAAGUAG